UAAUCUCCAUAUACCCAUUCUCUCAAAGCUUCGCUCUUUAGCCUUUUUUCCUUCACAAAAAUUUGCUUUACAUGUUACGAUGAAGACAUACAAACCAAAUGGCCGACGUUUCAUCAUUUCCUCAUUUUUCUUUAUUAUAUUCCUUUGCAUUCUAGCUUCAAUCAAUGAAAUCCGAUUUGACAGCUUUUUGAUGUUAGGUAGAUGUGCUCUCUCUCCAACACCAAAUAGUAAUUCUUCUUCUGCUACAGACUUUCUUAGUGUAAAUUCCUCCUCCUUGUCCACCAAUAACGAAAUCCGAAUUCUCAUAGGAAUUUUGACACUUCCCGAUCAGUACCAAAAGCGACACUUCCUGCGUCUAAUCUAUGGAACACAACCUCCAAUAACGGGUGCAAUCGUUGACAUCAAGUUUGUAUUCUGCAAUCUCACAAAAGAAGAUCAAAAGGUAUUAGUGGCACUUGAAAUAAUGCGUUACGACGAUAUCAUCAUCCUCAACUGCCAAGAAAAUAUGAACAAAGGUAAGACGUAUACCUAUUUUUCCAGCUUGCCAGAUCUUUUUUCAGUCUCAGAUGACCAGCCAUAUUAUCCACCUUAUCAUUACGUGAUGAAAGCCGACGAUGACACAUAUAUAAGGCUUGAGAGUUUUGUAGAAUCCCUAAGCCCAUUGCCUAGGGAAGAUUUGUACUAUGGUUAUGUUAUUCCAUGUCCAAGCAUGGACCCUUUUGUUCAUUACAUGUCAGGAAUGGGUUAUUUAGUGAGUUGGGAUAUAGCAGAAUGGAUAAGAGAGUCGGAUAUUCCUAAAAGUCAUUUAGAAGGGCCAGAAGACAAGGUUUUUGGAGAGUGGCUCCGAGAUGGUCACCGGGCAAGACAUCGGUACAAUGCUAAAUGGUCUAUGUACAAUUUCCCCGAGCCGCCGACGAGAUGCACGCACGAGCUGUGGCCGGACACGAUUGCAGUUCAUCUACUGAAGAAUCAAGAAAAGUGGAUUCAGACCCUCAACUAUUUCAAUGUCACGAAGGAUCUUAAACCAUCUAAGUUGUAUCAUAUACCUUAGGCAAACACGUAUUUUCCUCUGUUGUCCAGUUAACGUGACAAUUUUUCUCUGAUGCAUUGAUAUUCAAAGAGAAAGAAGUUGCAGAAAUUCAUUACACAAUCUAGCG